AAAACCAUCCCAGUCUCAAAUAAAAUUCUUACUAGCCUUCGCUUUUCUUUGCUUAGAGAUGACCACAUCAAAGAAGAAAACCAUUCCACCACCAUCUGGGAAGAAAACCAGAGGAAGGCAAAAGAUCGAGAUGAAGAUGAUCGAAAAGGAGGAGGACAGGCUGAUUACCUUCUCCAAACGUAGAUCUGGUAUCUACAAAAAGGCGAGUGAGUUGAUUACCCUCUGUGGUGCUGAAAUUGGUUUCGUGGUGUUUUCACCUGCAGGGAAACCAUUUUCAUUCGGACAUCCUUCUGUUGAAUCGGUGGUGAAUAGGUUUCUGGAGCAAAACGCGCCGCCAAAUGAUAAUACGCAUCCUCUCGUUGAGGCUCACAGGAGGAUGAGGAUUAGCCAGCUGGAGCAGCAAUACAACGAGCUGAUAGAGCAGUUGGAAGCAGAAGUGGAGCGAGGGAAGGUGAUAACCAAACUUAACUCCAGGAUAAAAAGCAAGGGAUGGUGGGAGGUCCCAAUGGACAAGCUGAACCUGGAAGAGUUGAAACAAUUUGGGAAUAAUGUGGAUGCUCUCCGCAAUCGUGUCUGUGGCAAACUCAAUGAGAAGUUGGCAACCCAAGCUCCUGCUUCUGCUCCUGCUCCUCGCUCGGGACUUAUGGAUUCUGCUCAUAUGAUGAAUGGAUAUGAAAAUGAUGGUGCUGGUCCCUCUUCUUAUGUUCCAGGGACAAACUAUGGCUUCCCUCGGAGGGGACAAUUCUAAAUGACGCUUUAUCUUUAUCGGAUGAAUAAAGUUGUUUGCCUUUCUAUGCAAGUUUAGGGUUUCAAAUAAUUGGGUUCCAUGCAAAAGCUUGAGUAAUAAAUCAUGUGUCCUACGUACAUGUUUAAUCUAUUAUCACCUUUAAGUUUUCUAGCUAGCUAGAGCUAUUGUCUUGUAUUGGUUCAUGUCGUUCGGAAUGACAUUUCUAUUAAUGAAAUUAAUCUCUAUUA